UCGCACGCUAUCCCGGAAGUCGGCGCGGAACGGGCGGCUGGUGGAAGCCGGUGGCGGGUGGAAGCCGGCGCCGGAGCAAGGAUCGCAGCGCCACGGCCGCAGCCUGCGCCGGGGCCGGGGCCGGGGCCGGGGCCGGGGUCGUCCGCCAGCCCGCGAUGGGCGCCGGGCCCUGAGCGUCCGCCGCCGCCGCCUUUCCACAGGGACCCCGCCCGGCUGUGAUGGAGGCGCCGCCCGGCGGCCGCGUUCCCGCCGAGGGCGCCCAGCCCCCGGCCGUGGCCGAGGUGCGCUGCCCCGGCCCCGGGCCGCUGCGCCUGCUGGAGUGGCGGGUGGCGGCUGGCGCGGCCGUGCGCAUCGGGUCUGUGCUGGCCGUGUGCGAGGCCGCCGCCUCCGCGCAGCCCGCCGGGCCUGCCCCUGCUCCUGCCCGCGCCGGCUCCGGGGGCUGCGUGCGCACCGAGCGCAGGCUGAGGUCGGAGCGCGCGGGCGUGGUGCGGGAGCUGUGCGCGCAGCCCGGCCAGGUGGUGGCUCCCGGGGCGGUUCUGGUGCGAGUAGAAGGAUGCAGCCACCCCGUCGUCAUGAAGGGCCUGUGCGCUGAGUGUGGCCAGGACCUGACCCAUUUUCCUGUCUGUUUUCAGACAGCAGAGGACAUUUCAGCCCUCAGCCACAGCGCACAUCAGCUAAGCAGCCCCUCCUUGCUUCGCAGGCUACAGAGUGAGAACGGGAGGCCGCAGGCGCCGCUGUCCACGGCCACCGUGUCGAUGGUGCACAGCGUCCCCGAGCUGAUGGUGAGCUCCGAGCAAGCCGAGAAGCUGGGGCGGGAGGACCAGCAGCGGCUGCAUCGCAGCAGGAAGCUGGUGCUCAUGGUGGACUUGGACCAGACCCUGAUCCACACGACGGAGCAGCACUGCCAGCAGAUGUCCAACAAGGGCAUAUUCCACUUCCAGCUGGGCCGGGGCGAGCCCAUGCUGCACACCCGCCUGCGUCCGCACUGCAAGGAGUUCCUGGAGAAGAUCGCCAAGCUGUACGAGCUGCACGUCUUCACCUUCGGCAGCCGGCUGUACGCACACACGAUCGCAGGCUUUUUAGAUCCUGAGAAGAAGCUUUUUUCUCAUCGAAUAUUAUCGAGGGACGAAUGUAUUGACCCGUUUUCCAAAACAGGGAACCUUAGAAAUCUCUUUCCUUGCGGAGACUCCAUGGUGUGCAUUAUCGAUGACCGAGAAGACGUCUGGAAGUUUGCCCCCAACCUGAUAACCGUGAAGAAGUACGUGUACUUCCAGGCCACAGGCGACAUCAACGCCCCCCCCGGGGCCCGGGAGCCCCAGGCCAGGAGGAGAGGUGCCGACACCACAGAGCAGCCGCCGUCCGUCAAGGACCCCGAGGAAGGCCGGCAGGCGUGUCGGGCUGAGCAGAGCAAUGGCCUCGGGAAGCCCGCGAGGGAGCUCAACGGGGGCACGGGACUUCGCGGCGGCUGGCCCUGGCUGGGGCAGGAGGAGGAGAGGGGCCCCCGGCCCGCCGCCCGUGGCCCUUCAGCUGAUGGCCAGGGGCCCCCCGCGGGCGCCCAGCAACGUGGGCAGGCACCGCCAGAGAAGAGGCCUGUGCGGGGUCCGCUGGGCCCCGACCCAGACCCGGACGUCCCCAGUGACAGCGGGAGCAGCAGUGAGUCUGAGGGCCAGCCGUCCCCCGUCCCCUCUGAUGGGGAAAGUGGGGAGAAGAGGACCCGCCGAAGGCCCCUGGCCGCACGCGAUGCUGGCAGGGUGGCACUGCAGGGCAGCCCCCUGGGCCCGGCGGGGGAGAGGCCCACGGGUGCCAGUCACUGCGGGGAGCCCGGGCCCGGCGUCCAGGCAGACGCGCAGGAGGAGGGCGAACGGGACGGCCUCUGCGGGCUGGGCGGCGGCUGUGCCGACAGGAAGGAGGCGGAGACGGAGUCGCAGAACAGCGAGCAGUCCGGCAUCACGGUGGGCGAGUCCCUGGACCAGAGCGUGGAGGAGGAGGAGGAGGAGGAGGACGCAGACAACGACGACCACCUGGUGCACCUGGAGGAGAUCCUCGCCCGCGUGCACUCCGACUACUACGCCAGGUACGACCGCUUCCUCCGCGGGGAGGCCCAGGAGGCCCCCGACAUCCGCAGGAUCGUCCCCGAGCUGCGCAGCAGGGUGCUGGCCGACGUGGCCAUCAUCUUCAGCGGGCUGCACCCCACCAACUUCCCCAUCGAGAAGACGCGGGAGCACUACCACGCCACGGCCCUGGGGGCCCGGAUCCUCACGCAGCUGGUGCUCGACCCCGACGACCCUGACCGGGCCACCCACCUGAUCGCCGCACGGGCCGGCACGGAGAAGGUGCGCCAGGCCCAGGAGUGCGGGCAGCUGCACGUGGUCAACCCCGACUGGCUGUGGAGCUGCCUGGAGCGCUGGGACAAGGUGGAGGAGCAGCUGUUCCCGCUGCGCGACGAGCAGGCCAGAGCGCAGAGGGAGGAUGGCCUGGCAGCCUUUCCCGACAGGCAGGGCCUGCUUCCAGCCCCGCUGUUGCACCCGACGCCCCUGCACCCCAAGGCCCCGCCCGGCCCUGAAGUCCGCAUCUACGACGCCAGCACGGGCAAGCUCAUCCGCAGGAGUGCUGCGGGCCCCGGGCCCCCGGGCUCGCUGCCGGUGCACACGGAGCUCUCCUCCUUCAGGUGCGUCCUCCGCCCCCGCCGUCCCCGUCGGGCGCAGCUCCGCUCUGUGGCCCCGGCCCUCCGCAGACACAGCCCUCCCUGCGCCGCUGCUGCCUCGGGCUGCACUGAGGACCGUGGCCGCUGUGGCAGUUUGUAGAGAGGAACGUGGAGAGUGGCAGCCCCGUGGGGGAGGAAGGCGCUGCCCUGAGGGGGCGUGGCCGGUGGUCUCCACACGUGUCUCCACGCAUGUGUGUUUCCUUCCUGCACGAUGACCGGGAGUCAGCUGAGUUGGGGACCUUACAGACCACCUUGAAAGCACCUUAGGACUCUGAGGUCUACGUGAGGCGUCUGAAGCUUUGUUUUGUUUUAGAAGAGCAGCCGUUGCUUUGAAAGGCCUGCGAUGAACGCACGUGGUCUUGCUUCCAGAUCCCCUCCUUUCCGGAGCCACAAGCCCGUCCGUGCUGAGAGCCGCCCGCGCUGUGAGCGGCCCGCGUGUGGUGGUGGAUUCCUCCCGCCCGGGGGCCUGGCAGCCCUGCGCUGGCCGCGCGGCUCCCCCAGCGUGUGCUUUACGGACGGGCAGUGACUCACCCGGUUCCCUGGGCUCCGGCUCUCCUCCGGCCACAGCGACACUGCAGGGCCAACACGAGCCCAGCAGAGUGGACGUGGAUGAGGGGCCCCCGGAGGCCUGUGGGUGUCCGUGGACCCGGCCACUGGGCUCCCGAUGUGGACACACAGAUGCCCUGGUUUAGGACAGUGUCAGUUGGGCUUGUUGGUUGGUGGAUUCUUUGAAACUAAAAGCAUCAGCGCUGAUCAGGCUUUGAUUUUCUUCCAGCAGCGUGGUGUUCAGUCCCCUGCACAGACGCGUUGUGAGCUCUGUGUGCUGCUCGUACGCCUGUGGAGGUCCUUUCCUGGGGCGGGUCACGGGGUAGCCGUCGUGGGUGCCUUUGACUGUAAUGAGUGGGGCACCUGUGUACUUAUUUGCUGUUUUCCAAGCAUUUGCUGGAUGCGUGGUCCCGUCCAGCAGGACCCCGCCUCCCCCCGCCCCGCCCACGGCACACAGCCGCCCUCUUUCUCUGACGAGCCUCUGGGGGGUGGGCGGCUGCCUCUGCGCACGUGUUGGUUAGCCCUUCAGAUUUCCCUUCAGUGCGUCGGCUUCUAUACCUUAAUUGACACCUUUCUUCUUGCUGGUUCUUGGAAGUGUUGUCGCUGUUCCUCCUGUGAAAUGUUUGUUGUAACGUAGGCGAUGUCACCACUUGGACAGAGGAGGAGCCGCUGGAGCUGGCGCUGGGUCCCCGUGGUUCUUACCGCGCCGUGCUGGUGCCUCAUCCUCGUUUGAGGGUGUGGGUUGCUGGAUGUUCCCUUUGCAGUGAACGUUUAUGGCGCAGACGUUCACAGGUGCCACGGUCACGACCAGAUCCUCCUUGAACACAGAGCGGAUGUUUGGGCGUCCUCUCGCCAGAGCAGCAGCUGACGGGUUGCUGGUUGUGUGGCAGUCCCGCUGAAGCACGUGUUGGUGGAGGAUGCGCCGUCGGGACAGAAACGCUUCAGUAUCAUAGAGUAACUUGUGCGUUUUAUCCUGCAGAAAAUCUGAGUUGGGUUUGUGGCUCUACGUCUCGCUGUCCCACAGAGUUCCACAGGUAGCUUGUUUCUUUGAGCCGAGUCCUGUCACCCCUCAGGCCUGUGGUGGUUCAGGACUCCUUGCUUGUCCCCACCUGGGGUGGCUCU